AUGCAUAAAUACGAGAAAGGAUCUCAGCUUGGCACGGGCGCCUAUGGGACCGUGUUCAAGGGAAAAAAUAGGGAAACUAAUGAAAUUGUAGCGCUGAAGAGAGUCCGCCUAGAUAAUGACGACGAGGGUGUGCCCAGUAGUGCCUUACGCGAGAUUUGUUUAUUGAAAGAAUUAAAGCACAAAAAUAUAGUCAGAUUGCAAGAUGUUCUGCAUAACGAAAAGAAACUUACUCUCAUUUUUGAACAUUGCGAUCAAGAUCUCAAGAAAUACUUCGACAGUCUCAAUGGCGAGAUAGAUCCCAAUGUCGUUAAAUCAUUCUUUUAUCAGCUCCUUAAAGGAUUAUCAUUCUGUCACAGUCACAAUAUACUCCAUAGAGACUUGAAACCUCAAAAUCUACUAAUCAAUAAGAACGGCGUGCUCAAGUUGGCCGACUUCGGCUUGGCGAGGGCAUUCGGUGUCCCGGUUAGAUUUUAUUCGGCUGAAGUGGUGACCUUGUGGUACCGGCCGCCAGAUGUUCUCUUCGGGGCGAAACUAUACUCGACUGAUGUGGACAUAUGGUCUGCCGGGUGUAUUUUUGCCGAGAUGGCGAACGCGGGCAGGCCUCUAUUCCCGGGUUCAAACGUCGAGGAUCAGCUCAAGCGAAUAUUCAAACUCCUGGGCACUCCAACUGAGGAGACGUGGCCCGGACUGACGCGCUUGCCUGAGUACAAAACUUUUCCCUAUUACCACCCGACUACAAACUUUUCUCAAGUUGUUCCCAAACUCAAUGCAAAAGGCAGAGAUCUCCUCCAGAAAUUAUUGGUUUGUUUCCCUCCAAAGCGAAUAUCAGCUGAAGAUGCACUAUGUCAUUCCUACUUCAGCGAUGUACCUAACGAUAUUAGAGAUUAA